UUAUUAAGUUUAAUCUUAUUUAUUUAUUUAUUUUUUUUCUCUCAUAGAUGAUCGUUACAAUUUCCAAGUGUUUUGUGCCGAAAAGUUGGAUCAAUUACACGGAGGGGUAUGCCAUCUUAGUUUGGAUUAAUUCCAUCCUAGAGUCCCUUCUUGGAGGAGAGGAUGAUGAUUACGUGAAGCGUGAGAGCGCAUUUGAUCAUAUAUUCAUGAUUGAUAAUCAUCAUGCGACCCUUACGAAAACGGUCAACGACAUUUGGUGGUUCAAACUCUGCUGCGAGGAUGGCGAGGAUGAGUGUCAUGAGGAUGUGUAUAGCUUCAUACACAUGCCGGAGGAACCUACACCUUCAUCAGCAGAUAUCGAGGAAUCAGUAGUCAUGGAUACUGAUGAUUUCAAUUAUAGCCCUGAUGAUUUUAAUUACAGUCCGGAUGAUAGCUUCAACUGGGAUCUUCAAGACAAUGAAAUAAAUUGGAAUCGUCAGGAUGAUGAUUCUAUCAGAGAGGCAUUUGAUGCAGCAACCGAUUUAAAUGACUCAGAUACUGAGCAAACGGUGAUACCACUCCAAUUUGGCGGUAAGCCGCAAUCAUUUAUUUUAAGUGGAAAUCGUGAGCCUUGGGAAUCAUCGUCAUCCUCAUCACUAUCAUCAUCGUUAUCAUUAUCAUAAUUAU